AAGCGACAACAGCAGAGUGGGAGGGAGCUGGAAAGGAGCAGCCUUUCGGUCAUAAUCAUUGCAAACAGCAUACCACGGCAUAGUCAAUUGAUCCAACGUUUUAUCGGAAAUCAUUCUAGUUGGCACAUGGCCACGACUGCUAACGGCGGAGGAAAAAGAGGUCCCGGCGGCGUCAGAGACGAGCCGGUGGAGAAGAUGGCCGAGAUAAGCAAAACCCUAAAAGAAGGGGAAAGGAUUCUGGCGCCAACCCGAAGGCCCGACGGUUCUCUUCGAAAACCUAUUCGGAUUCGUGCAGGUUAUGUGCCUCAAGAUGAAGUCGCUAUCUACCAGUCUAAAGGUGCCCUGUGGAAGAAGGAGAUGGAAUCACAUCAGUCAGUACCACCGGGUUAUGAUCCUGUAGAUGCAAAACCAAAGACCAAAGCUGCCAAGAGGAAUGAAAGAAAGAAGGAAAAGCGGCUUCAGGCUGCUCUUGACAAAGGCAAGAACUCUGAAGGAGAUGUGGAUGAUGAGAAUGAAGAAGUGCACUCUACUGGAGAUUUAGGUCAUACAUCCAAAUCCAUUGAAGCAUUGACAUCUCAGAUGAAUGCGAUAGCUGUUUCAGAAAGGUCUGCUGGAGUAACUCCUCCAGUGGACUCAUUGGAAGCUUCAUGUCCUGAGCCUGCCGUCCAGGAUAUUGAUAAAAAAAUUAGGGCUCUCAAAAAGAAGAUUCGGUUGGCAGAAGCUCAGCAGCAGAAGAAUGCUACAGACAGCGUGAAACCAGAGCAGUUGGAGAAGUUCACGAAGUUGGAAGGUUGGCGUGAGGAGCUGAAGCUCCUGGAAUCUACAAGGGUCGAGCAGGUAUCAUCCUGAUUGGCAGGGUUUCCUUUUUCUCUUACCAUUUAUCUGAACAGCAGUGUAGUUUCUUUGAACCCUUUGUCUCGUCCCGAUUGUCAAAAGCAUUGAAAACUCUUGGAGACCCAAUAUCCAGAUCAUCUCGACUGCAACGGUUUGCUGUUUAACUUGUCUUUUCUAUUUCAUACCGUGUUUAGCCCACAUGAUAUAUCCUCUAUAUAUCCAGUGCCGAGUAAAAUAAUCACCAAGGUUUAGUCUGGGUUUAGUCUUGAGACGUGACAAGGGAUGAGAGAUUUAAACCAGGAUACUGGGCAAAACAGUUCACUCUGAUCAUGUUGGCUGCAAAUUUAUUUCUUGCGUCUGUUUCUUGUGUCUUGUUUCAACGGUUCAUCUUUGAAUGACGCUCCUUUU